UUAUUUUUUAGAAAUAGGAGUUCGUGCAGUAGGUUAUCAUGCAGCAAUGUCAAAUAAACAAAGAGAAAAAUCCCAUAAAGAAUUUUUAACAGAAAAGGCAACAACAUGUGUUGCAACAAUUGCUUUUGGAAUGGGAAUUGAUAAAAGAGAUGUUAGAAAAGUUAUACAUUAUGGAUCACCUGGAAAUAUUGAAAGUUAUUAUCAAGAAAUUGGAAGAGCUGGACGUGAUGGAUUCCCUAGUAGAUGCAUAGUAUUUUACUCUAAUAGUGAUAUGCUUAUACACAAAAAUCGAAUAAUCAACAAAAAUAAUAAUAAUAUAAAUAUAACAACAAAAUCCUCAAAAGAUUAUGAAAUGCAUCAAUUGGAUAUGCUUCGUCGUAUGGAACAAUUUUUAACAACAACAAGUUGUCGGCGCUAUUUAAUUUUGUCCUAUUUUGAUAAAAAUGUAAAACAUCCAGAAAUUCCAAAAAGUGAUUGUUGUGAUAAUUGCACAAAAUUGUUACAAUCUGGAGUAGAUAAAAGAUAUAAUAAAGAAGAAAUGAUUUUUGAUUUUGGUGAAGAGGCUAAAAAAUUAUUUAGAACAAUUGUUGAAGUUUUUGGUGGAAGAACUGGAUUAAAUAAACCGAUAGAUUUUAUUAGAGGAAGUAAAACAGUUUUAUCAAAAGCACCAAAAACAUUUACUAAAGGACAAGAUUUAUCAAAACAUCCGCUUUAUGGUUGUGGAAAAUCACGUUCAGAAAUGUGGUGGAAAGAAUUGGGAAAAUUAUUAAGAAAUUAUGGUUAUUUAAUUGAUUCAAAAUCAACAUUUAAUCAAUUUGGAUGUAUUACAAAUAUUUCUGAUAAAGCUGAAAAAUGGUUAAGAGAAGGAGGAAAGGAAUUAAAAUUAAUUCCUUCUGAAUAUUUAUCCAACUCUAAUAAUGUCGAAAAUGGAGGAAAAGAUUUGACUAAAACAACACUUUCAAUUCCAAACAAAAUUGUAGAAAUUAUUUCAGAAAAAUUAUUGGGUAUAGAAAAACAACGAGAAUAUAAAGAUGCUAGUUGUUAUCCUUGUAUUGCUUCUGCUUCUGAUAAAAAUAUUUUUGUUUAUGAGAUGUUGCCUCAACUUCGAAAAGAACUAGAAGAUUUACGUUAUCAAUUAGCUCUUGAAUCCGACUGUCCAGCCAACUCAGUUUACAGCAAUACUGUUAUUGAAGGACUUGUUAAGAUUCGUCCAACAAAUGAAGCAUCAUUAGAGCUAGUUGAAGGCUUUCCUGAACAACGAAGAAAACAAUUUUUAAUUCCCAUUACUCAACUUAUUUCAAAGUUUUGUUCAGAAAAUAAUAUUUCUACGGACUCUAAGGAAGCUGAAAUUGAGUUUCCUGAAGAUUUGGAAUCUCUUAAAAAUGGAUUGACUUUAACGGAGAAAAGUUAUUAUCAUGCUCAUGUUCUCUAUAAUCGUUCAUUGGUUUGUUUAAAUUUUUCAAUUUUUUGA